AUGAGCCCUCCAACGAACGCGACGCAGGCCAAAGAACGGCUCUAUGGCCAGCUGGCAGCCAGCCUCGCGAGGAUGUCCCGAGCUAUCACACAGACAACGGACCUCUGUGAGCAGCUGCACGCGGAUCUCAACGCAAUGAGAACAUUUGCUGGCUUGGAUGCUGCCAAAUUCAUGGCUGUUUCAGCGAUCCUCAAUCCAGAGGAAGAGGAAGAGGAAAUAUCCGCCGAAGGGCGUCGCGAAGGAUGA